AUGGUUGGCUACAUAUUCAGAACUGCUGAACCAUCGGAUUACGAUGCCAUCAUGAAGUACAUGGAUGAACACUAUUAUCACGAGGGACCUACUAUUAGGGCCACCAAAGCCAGCAAAGAAGAAUGGCUACCAAGAUUUGGAAAACUAGUGGAACGAUGUCUCAUUGCACCUUUAUCAAUCGUUGUCUCCACUUAUGAAGGAGACGUCGUUGCAGUUUCAUUGAAUUCUGUCUGGAAAAGAAAGGAAGAUGAGAGGAAUAGAAAGAGAGGAGGACAUCAUAUGGCUUUGAGUAACUACUCGGAGACGAUGCAGAAGUAUUUAACCAUGCUCCAAAAAUGCCACGACGAAUUCUGGAGCCUCGCGCCAUCCGAUACCAACAUCGUCAUCUACCGUGAGAUCUCCAGCGUCGGCGCCCCAUGGCAACGUCAAGGAAUCGCUUCAAAAAUGCUUAUUCGCAACUUGACAGUUGCUGAGUUAUUGGGAAUCGAUGGUAUCGUGUCUGCAACAACUUCUCAUGCGAAUCAAGUGCUUCUGGCAAAACACGGAUUCAAAAGUUUGAAAGAAUUUCCGUAUUCCUCUAUUGUCAGUGAAGAGGGGACUCGGUUGGUGGAGACGGAUGAUGGAUCGAAGGGGAUGAGGAUUAAUUUUAAGAGAAUUGAAGAGUAUGAACUAUGA